CUGCUUGGAUGGGGAGGUGCAGCUCUGAGCUUUAUUACUCAGAGUGUUCAGAUUACUGGAGGAGGGAGGGAAGGAGGGAAGGAGGCGCACACAACACACGGCUGCCGCUGGUACCUGGAGCAGAGGGAUUCCGCUUCAUUCAUGCGUUCGCACCGAGGGAUCAGCAUAGGGGCCCCUCUACACCGGACCCCGGGAGAGAGACCCCUGUGUGCGGGGAAGGAGCCCAAACAACACACACCGUUCCUAUAGAGGUUUCCUGGGUGUUUUCUUCUACACGUAGCAAGCUACAUUUGCAAAGCAAAGAAAUAGAUACAUUCUAGCACACCUGGAAAAAAAAUGGCUGAUCGUUUACAUCUACGAGUUGUGGCAUUGCUUGCCAUUUUGGUCGUCGUUGAGCCUACAACAUCUUUAUUUGAAGUGGAUGCCGAUGACUCGAAAGAUAUUCAUAAACUUGACCAGGGAAACUCAUUUAAGAAUACUUCUGAUGGGAUUUCAGAGAGUGAGUUGGAAGUCCAAAAUCUUCAUAACCCAAAUGUUUUCUCCAAGGAGGAAAGGAAUCACGAAGAUGUAUAUCAUCCCAAACUGCCUGGGAGAAGGGUUGGCGGCUUGACUUCAACAGCUGCGUCAAUUCCGGGAGAAAGAUCUGAAGAAAAUAUAGAGGAGUCUUUUGAAAAUAUCUCAAAUGAAUUUCCACCAAAGGAAAGCAAAAAAAUGCUGGACUCUGAUGAACAUAAACACAACAAAAUGCUUUCACGGACCACAGCUGGGAAAAGUUCGGAAAAAUCUGGACAUAUUCUUUCCAAAAUACAGCCUACCAUUUCGAAAACGGUUGAAUCUGAUUUGGAGACAAAAGACAGCAAAGUCCUAUUGAAACAAGACAAAAUGGUGGAGAUGCCGUCUUCUCAGUUAGAAGAACAAUCCCUACCAAAGGGAAACGAUGUUGAAUCUGAUAACAUUGGACUUGUGGACUCGUUGACCACUCUUCGCCCAGUGGUCUCCACCAUAGCAUUGUUGACCGGAGUGCUGAAUGGCAUGCACACUAAUGAUAAUGAACCAUUCACUCAACUUCAAAAGCUUCAGAUAGAGAGCGCAGAUGAACAUGAGAAAAAAGCAAUACUAAGAAAUGCUGUAGAAUCCCAAGAAAACUUUAUAAGAGCAGAAGACAACUUUCUUGAUGAAAAUGUAAAUCCGAAGGUUAACAUGCCGCAGCCUACAGAACAAUAUCAGGCUGCCGUAAGGGUCACAGACCACUCAACUUUACGAGAAGCAGGACCCGAGGGGAAUGAGGUUAUAUCGGCAGACGUAGAGUUUCUUCAUGCAGAUGGGUUGCAUUAUCAAAAAGAUGGAAACAUAAUCCCAGAAGGAGCAACAGCAGCUGAAAAUGAAACGGACAACACACACAUUUUAUCGUUUAGUGAGCCGAGAAAAACAUUGGAUGCAGUUGUUCAAAUAAACUACCCAGAAGCCAACACCCAACCCUACCCUUCAACUCCACUGCCUACAAUGUGGCCUCAUUUUGUAGAGUCUGACCUUCCACAUGGUACUGCGGUUAUCAAGGAUUAUGUAACCCUGGAAGCAAAGGCCAGAACAGAAACAGAGAGGAUAUUAAUGGCUGGUGGAGGUAAGGAUGGGGAGGCAUCAGGUGGUACCAUUCCAAUCUCUACUAGUAAGACAAGUCCUUCAGAAGUUUUAUCAAGGUCUCCACAAGCUCAUGAGACCCCAAAGCCAGCAAUGCAAGUUCAGGGAAAAAGUAUAAAACAGACUAAUGAUCAAGAAAGACCAUCUGCACAGCCAGGGAAAGGUCCAUCCAUCACUCAGAAGAACGCCAUCAUUGGAAGUGCUCCACCGGGGCUGGUAAUGUCAACAACGGUGAGGGCACCAGUGACCAAGCCACAAGACCCUGUGGCAGAAACUCAACAUCCACAACUAGCAGAGUCUGCAACAAUCAGAGUCUUCCCAAAUGGGUCCAAAAAGAACGGGCGCCGUGGGGAAAUUAGGGUCACAACCCAAAGGGCAUUUCGCCGGCCACAGCUGAUUGAUGUCCCAACCAGCUUCACCUCUAUGAGAUCGACACUAGAGACUCCGAUCUGCAACAAGAACGGUGGCACGUGUGAAUUUGUUGGCACCAAUAAGACACUUCUAAAGUGGGAUGACCUUCGGCACACUCUAAGUUUUGCUUGGGAUAUGCACGUUUAUGGCACAGGUUCCCUUUUUCUUCUUUUAUCUUUAAUUGCGCUUGUCAACCUUAUCGGAUCUCCCAUCCUACAAGUGACCUACCUCCCGUAUGUUAUUGUUGCAAAUGGCCUCUUGUUUGCGAUUGGAAUCCUCAGAGGUGUAUUUUUCCUCCUGGAUCCUUACGGAACAAAAGGGAAGAUUUCGCGGCCUAUUGCUCUUGUCCUUUGCAAUGUCACCUUCCCACUUAUGAUCUCCACAUUCGCGACCUUGGUUCUUUUGGUUUUGAAGAUUGCCCGUCUACAGCUGCUGCCUCCAAAGUUUCAGAGCCUGGCAUUGCUGGCUGUUAUAGCAGUUAUCCACUUUAUUGUUCUCCUGAGCGCUGAUCUUCUAACCCAUCUCCUGAACCCUUCCGUAAACAUGGUCUUGCAGAUCCUCUCCAUCUCCUGGGGCAUAUUUCUCAUGGUGGGUAACUUUGUGGCCUAUUAUCGCCUGAGAAAAAGCAGCAAAGAUAUUGUAAAUGAAACGCAAAGAGUAUCUCCUGUUGAAGACAUAGCAGUGGUUCAAACCCAAGGACGAAGUAUAAAGUGUAUGUUUACAUCCUCCAGAGUGUUAUUAGUCAGCAGUGUUUUUGGACUCCUUUGCUGUGGCAUGCAAGUGUAUGCCAUAUUAUGGCUUUAUGGGCUACUUGGUCAGAAAAAUGAAUUUUUCUGGUCUUGGUGGUUCCUCCAGUUCUGGUACAGGAUCUUUGAAUUAGUUCUGUGUUUCUCCAUGAUAUUUGUAGCCUCACACAGCUUCUGUCUACAGUGCAGUAGCAGCGAUCACACGUGCUGGUCCAAGAUCAUCAGCUACUUUUGCACCUACAAAAAAACAGAGGCACCAGAGUAUCCGAACAACUGCUACGAUUGGACAAACGGCCUCCAGGACAAGAUGUCCAACAACAACAUAAGUAAAAGCAUCAUCAGAAACCAGGCUGAGAACGUUCCUCUUAGAAUCAUCAAAGAGAACAACGAGACAAAAGGUCCCGGUAUCGGUAACAAUAGUCGUUCUUCCUCACCUCUUUUCAGACCUAAGCCAGACGUGGUGUUUGCUGCGAAAUCUCAAAACGUAACUAUGGGUCGCUCUUACACAAGUAUUUGUUUUGAAAAAGAGUCUAUGCUGUCGCUGGCUGAUUUGGAGUUUCGACCUCCAUCGCCCAUCAAUCUGAGCAGAAGCAUCGAUGAGGCUUUGUUUAGAGAGCAUUUGGUCCGAGACAGCAUAUUUUUGGAUUCCAGUCUACAGUACCCAAGUUACUUAACAAGACAAGACUCAUGCUCUUCACUGAAAGAAUGUUCCGCCAUGAACCAAACUAUAGACCCUUUGAUUUCCGCAGACCUGAAGAUGAGAAGAUGCAGCAAUCCAGACUACCUGUACAGCUUGGCUGAUGGUAGUUCAACGACAGAGUUGGACUCCCAGAGUGAAAGUACACAGCAGAGCAAAGAGCUUCCUCGAGAUGUCACAACAGAACCUGUGGCUUCGGUUAGCUCCAUAGACAGCAUUUCCAAAGGGUCCAUCAAAAUCAGCUGGAAUCCUUGGCGCCAUGGCCUAUCUUCAGUGGAAAGUCUUCCUCUCGAAGACUCGCCUUCGUCUCAACUUCUAAAGCAAGGAUCCCAACCUAGCAUCAUGUCAAAAAGCAGCGAGCCUGAGAAAUCCUUUGGCAGGAGGUUUAUGGAAAAAAGUCAGACCACAGAUUCUAACAGCAUUGCUAGCGAGACCAUCGAACUGUGAUAUGCCGAAAAAGUGUUAACAAGCAUAGACAUGUUACAAAGAAAAAGUUUGCCAUGUUUUAAAAACUUUCAUUACUAGGGGGAUUAAUAAAAAAAAAAAAAAACAUUUGAGGAAAAACGGAUUUUGGGAAACCGACAAAGAUUAUACACAUACCAAGAACCCUCUGUUUGGUUACUAUAUAUAGUAAAUCUCUAUAAUAAGCACAUUGCCUAUCCGUGUUUAUAGGCAACAACAUUGCUUUACUUUUUUUUUAUUUACUGAUUUUUUUUUUAAGUAUUUAUUUUGAACUGUCAAGGUGGUUUUCUUCAAAGGCCAAAUACAAAGGCUUAAGCCAUUACCUAAAAGGACGACGAAAAGUAUAUUUGUUAUUUUAUCUAAAACACAAUUGUAUGGACAGGGUUUUUGUCCCUGAUGGAUGUUAACAAGUGGAAUAUCAUUAUACGGAAAUCUAAAACUUAUUAGGAAUGAUAUGUAAAAUGUGGUACUACAAGGUACGUGUCAAGCAAGCCAAGCAGAGCCAAGACAUUGGAUGUGCACCAGAGGUCUCCAUGGAAACUGUCUGAAGUCUACACUUUUGUACUGGAAUAAAAAUCCCAAUCUA